CAUGCCGGGAGUCGUAGUCCGCGCGCGCCCUUGGUGUACUGUGCGCUUCAUGGCCGCUGGCAAUACGCUCUCCUACUCUUCCGCUCGGCCUUAGAAAGUUUCGUUUCUGCCCGGCGGUGGACCCACGAGCGUGUGUGUCACCAUGAAGUCUGACCACUGCUGACUGGCAGCCACACAGCACUGAAGUGAUAGUCUGUCUUGGACCUACACAUCCCAGAAAGGGGGACACCAUGGCUUCUAACAGCGCUGAGACCCAGCUCCAGAGGAUCAUCCGUGAUCUACAAGAUGCAGUGACAGAACUAAGCAAUGAAUUUAAGGAAGGAGGAGAACCAAUCACAGAUGACAGCACCAGCUUACACAAGUUUUCUUAUAAGCUUGAGUAUCUUCUGCAAUUUGAUCAGAAGGAGAAGGCUAGCCUCCUGGGUAACAAGAAGGACUAUUGGGAUUACUUCUGUGCGUGCCUAGCCAAGGUGAAAGGAGCAAAUGAUGGGAUCCGAUUUGUCAGGUCCAUCUCUGAGCUCCGAACAUCUCUGGGAAAAGGCAGAGCUUUCAUUCGCUACUCUUUGGUGCACCAGAGGUUGGCAGACACUUUGCAGCAGUGCUUCAUGAACACUAAAGUGACCAGUGACUGGUAUUAUGCAAGAAGCCCCUUUCUGAAGCCAAAGCUGAGCUCUGACAUCGUGGGACAAUUAUAUGAGCUGACUGAGGUUCAGUUUGAUCUAGCAUCAAGGGGCUACGACCUGGAUGCCGCCUGGCCGACAUUUGCCAGGAGGACACUGGCCACCAGCUCUUCUGCUUACAUGUGGAAACCCCCAAGCCGAAGCUCCAGCAUGAGCAGUUUAGUGAGCAACUACUUGCAGACUCAAGAGAUGGCCUCCAGUUUUGACCUAAAUAGUUCUCUAAACAAUGAAGCACUAGAAGGUUUUGAUGAGAUGCGACUGGAGCUGGACCAGUUGGAGGUUCGGGAGAAACAGCUACAAGACCAUGUACAGCAGCUAGACAGGGAGAACCAAGCACUUCGAGUGAUGAUCAGCAGGCAAGGGGAGCAGCUUCAGGUAGAAAAGGAGAAGGGGUACCCUACAGUGGAGGAUAGCAUUGGCCUCCUGGGCCUGGUGGCAGAGCUCCGGAAGCAGGGGGAAGUCACCAUGGCUACAGUGAAGAAGCUACAGAAAUGUCUGCAGGCCUCGGAGCUGAAUGUAGAUAAGAAAGAGAACAGCCUCUUAGCCCUGCAGCUUGAGACCAUGGCACAGGAACUUGAGGCUGUGAGAAACUCUCUGGAUAGGAAUAACCAGCUUCUAGCCAGCCUUUCAGAUUGCCUAGCUAGGACCGAGAAAGCAGCAAAUCCAGCUCAGGACACAAAGUUUCUUCAAGAGCCAGUUCCUGCUGACAUGGCCCUAAAGUUCCAGGAACUGAAGGGAAAACUUGAAGCCCUAGAAGGAGAAAACACCAAGGCCCAGGAACUCAAUAGGCAGCAGAAUAUCAAGCUAGAGCAGCUGGCCAAGGAACUACAGCUGAAGGAGGAGGCCCGGGCUGGCCUAGAGCACUUAGUGAAGGAUGUGGCCCCACUUCAGGAAGAGCUAGCUGGGAAGAAGCAAGAGUCAGCUCAGCUCCGGCGACAACUACAGGAAUCCCUGGGCCACUUGAGCUCUGUGGAGGAGGAGCUGGCAGAAGCCAGGCAGCAAGAAAAGCAGCAUCGAGAAGAAAAGCAGCUGCUGGAACAGGAGGCCAAGUCUCUGACAUGGCACCUGCAACUUCUAGAGACCCAGUUAGCACAGGUGAGUCAGCUUGUGAGCGACCUGGAGGAGCAGAAGAAGCACCUUAUGCAGGACAGAGACCGUCUCAGCCAGAAAGUGGGCACACUGGAGCAGCUAGCUGAGGUGCAUGGGGCCAACAAGAAUAGGGAGACUCUGGCCUCCCUAAGCUCUGUCCCACCACAGACUGGGGAGAUGCCAGAAGAGGGGCAGCAAUACCUCCAGGAAGAACAGCUAAACAAUACCACAGUGCCAGGGGGAGAUCAGGAGGAAUUGCAAAAGGUCAACCAGGAGCUACAGAAGGAGCUGCAGAACAUGGCUGUGCGCAACCAGCUCCUAGAAGGAAAACUUCAAGCCUUGCAAACAGAUUACAAGGCACUGCAGCAGCGAGAGACAGCCAUCCAGGGCUCCUUAGCCUCCCUGGAAGCUGAGCAGGCCAGCAUCCGGCACCUGGGAGACCAAAUGGAAGCAAGCCUCUUGGCUGUGAGGAAAGCCAAGGAGACUAUGAAGGCCCAGGUGGCAGAGAAGGAGGCUGCCCUGCAGAGUAAGGAGGGUGAGUGCCGGCGGCUGCAAGAAGAGGCAGAUCAGUGCCGGCUUCGGACAGAGGCCCAGGACCAGGAGCUCAGGGCUCUUGAGAACCAGUGCCAGCAGCAGAUUCAGUUGAUUGAGGCCCUCUCUGCAGAAAAAGGCCACCAGGGACUCAGCCUACCACAGCUCAACACAGCCCAACUGGCCCUGUCUCAAGCACAGCUAGAAGUUCACCAGGGGGAGGCCCAGCGGUUACAGAAUGAGGUGGUGGACCUCCAAGCCAAGCUCCAAGUGGCCUUAGGUGACCGAGACAAGUUACAGAGCCAGCUGGGUGUGGCUGAGGCGGUCCUGAGGGAGCACAAGACCCUGGUGCAACAACUGAAAGAGCAGAAUGAAGCCCUCAACAGGGCCCAUGUUCAGGAACUGCUGCAGUGCUCAGAGCGAGAAGGGAUACUGCAGGAGGAGAGCAUCUACAAGGCCCAGAAGCAGGAGCAAGAGCUACGAGCCCUGCAGGCAGAGCUGUCACGGGUGAGGUGCAGCUCUGAGGGAGCCCACCUGGAGCAUGCAGAGCUACAGGACCAGCUGCAUCGAGCCAACACAGACACAGCUGAGCUUGGCAUACAGGUCUGUGCCCUGACAGCCGAGAAGGAUCGGAUGGAGGGGGCCCUGGCCAGCUUGACGCAGGAGCUCCGGGACUCCAAAGAGGCAGCACUCCGGGAACAAAAGGGCUUGGAGCUUCAAGUGAUGGGACUAAAGCAAGAAAAGGAGAGCUUGCAGGAAAAGCUUAAGGCAGCUGAGGAGGCAGCUAGUUCAUUCUCUGGUCUACAGGCACAGCUGGCUCAGGCUGAGCAGCUGGCUCAGAGCCUCCAAGAAGCUGCACACCAGGAGCGAGAUGCCCUCAAGUUCCAGUUAAGUGCUGAGAUUAUGGACCACCAGAACAGAUUGAAGACAGCCAAUGAAGAGUGUGGGCGCCUCAGGGCCCAGCUAGAAGAGCAAAGCCAGCAGCUACAAAUGACUCAGGAGGCUAUGCAGGAGCUGAGGGUCACCAAGGCAGCCAUGGAGGAGAAGCUGAACUGUACCAGCAGCCACCUUGCAGAGUGCCAGGCCACUUUGCAGCACAAAGACGAAGAAAGCACUACUCUUCAAAUAAGCCUAGAAAGAACUCAGAAGGAACUUGAAAAAGCCACAUCAAAAAUCCAAGAAUAUUACAACAAACUCUGCCAGGAGGUAACAAACAGGGAAAGGAAUGACCAGAAAUUGCUUGCAGACCUAGACGACCUGAAUAGAACCAAGAAAUACCUUGAGGAACGGCUGAUAGAGCUGCUCAGGGACAAAGAUGCACUCUGGCAAAAGUCUGAUGCACUGGAAUUCCAGCAAAAGCUUAGUGCUGAAGAGAAAUGUCUUGGGGACAUGGAGGCCAACCACUGCCAUGACUGCAAGCGGGAGUUCAGCUGGAUAGUGCGGCGGCACCACUGCAGGAUAUGUGGCCGAAUCUUCUGUUACUACUGCUGUAACAACUAUGCUGUGACUAAGCCCAGUGGCAAGAAGGAACGCUGCUGCCGAGCCUGCUUCCAGAAGUUCGGCGAAGACCCUGGAUCCCCUGAUAGCAGUGGUUCUGGCACAAGCCAGGAAGAGCCUAGCCCCAUGGUUUCACCAGCUGAAGCAGGCCCCCAGGCCAUAGGAAACCCAGGAGCAAAUUCAGUCUGCAGACCACCAGAUGAUGCUGUGUUUGACAUCAUCACUGAUGAGGAAUUGUGCCAGAUCCAAGAAUCUGGCUCCUCCUUGCCUGAAACACCCACUGAAACUGAUUCAAUGGACCCAAAUAUGGCUGAACAAGAUACCACAUCAAACUCACUAACCCCUGAAGACACUGAAGACAUGCCAGUGGGGCAGGAUGCUGAAAUCUGCUUGCUGAAGUCAGGAGAGCUGAUGAUCAAAUUACCCCUCACAGUGGAUGAGAUCACCAGCUUUGGAGAGGGUAACAGGGAGCUGUUUGUGAGAUCCAGUACCUACAGCCUGAUCCCCAUCACUGUAGCAGAGCCUGGCCUCACUAUCAGCUGGGUAUUCUCUUCUGACCCCAAGAGCAUCUCCUUCAGUGUGGUCUUCCAAGAGACAGAAGACACACCGCUUGACCAGUGCAAGGUCCUCAUUCCCACCACCCGGUGCAAUUCCCACAAGGAGAGUAUCCGGGGCCAGCUAAAGGUCCGAACCCCUGGCAUCUACUUGCUUAUCUUUGACAACACCUUUUCCAGAUUUAUCUCCAAAAAAGUAUUUUACCACCUGACUGUUGACCGGCCUGUGAUCUACGAUGGAAGCGAUUUCCCAUAACAUCAGUACCUGAACUUUGAUAUCUCUUCAACAUCCACAGAAAACACUACUACUCCUCACCCAUCUCAUCAAACAUACAUAUUCACACACACACACAAAAUUUUAAAAAUUAAAAAAUUAGAA